AUGCAUUCAGCCUCCCGAUACAUGAGAUCCGGACUAGCCCAAUCAACAUUAAAAGUGUAUGACUCUGCAUGGUCCUAUUUCUCAUCAUUCUGUUUCACCUACUCUGUUCCCAUGUUUCCCAUAAAAAUUUCUAUUGUAUGCGCUUUCUUGGUCCACUGCUUUGAGUCUCGGAAGAUGCAACCUUCUUCUAUCAAAGGCCUUUUAGCAGGAGUACAGUUCCACCUGCAGUGUUUGGAUCCAUCUGCCGGCAGCCUGCUUGGAAACCCUUCAAUCCAGCUCCUGCUGAACGGAUUUAAGAAAGAGAAACCCAAAGGCCAAGAUAUCCGUCUUCCUUUCACUGUACCUCUCUUGCAUAAAUUAAUCACGCAUUUGAAAAAGGGGUGUUUUGGGCCAUAUUCAGACUUACUUUUGGAAACAGUCUUUCUCACAGCUUUUUAUGGUUUCCUUAAAGGUGGAGAAUUUACUACUCACACUAAACAUUUCGACCCUUCUCACGACCUCUCCAUAGCCGACGUUACAGUUCACAGUCACCAUUUCAGUGUCUUUCUUAAACAUUCCAAGACAGAUAGAGACAGGAAAGGGACCACUGUUCUCAUAGCUCAAACUAAUUCUCCUUUCUGUCCAUUUGCCUCAAUGACCCGCUACCUGAAAAGCCGUCCCCGAGCCAGCCAGCACGAGCCGCUGUUUGCCACGGAGAAAGGGGAACCCAUGACCAAAGCCUGGUUCGCUACCCGCCUCCGCCUCCUCUGCCAGUCCUGCGGACUUCCUCCAGAUCGCUACAUGGCUCAUUCUUUUCGCAUAGGCGCAGCUACAACUGCAGCUAUGACGGCUCCAGUGUCCACCCUCAAAGCCAUGGGCCGAUGGUCGUCUGCCGCGUAUGAACGCUAUCUGCGCCCGGAGGCCCGGGACAUUCUAGAAGCUCAGAAAACCAUGAGUAACCAUAACUUGGCACAUAGAUGGAAUUAA